CGUCAGUUUCACAGCAGACGCGUUCGCGUGCGGUUCAGUGUAGAGAGUGCGCUUUGUUUAACCGUUUCAACUUCAACAGUUUACCGUUUAGCCAGUGCGCGAAACGGUUAAGAAAUUCAUUAAACAAACUACGUUUUUUCAAGUGCAUUUCAAAUAUUCAAUAGUCAUGCGUCUGCUUCUAUUGACGACGCUGCUGGCGUUGCUGGGAUGGGAACAGAUUGAUGCAGCGGAGAAUGAUUACUGCUUUGGCAAGGAUUCCGAGCGACUGCAGACGCGACAAUUCAGCUCGAAGACGGCCUAUCAGAUUGUCAAGAGCACCAACAUUGACAAGCAGUAUCAGGUGCCCAACUGUGAGCCCAAAAAGAUGUGGAUAUUCCAUAGACAUGGCACCAGACUGCCCACGGCAAACACCAUCAAGGAGGCUCCGCGAUUGGAAGAACUGCGUGAUUUGAUUGUCAGGAACUAUCGCGAGUUGAGGACAAAACCGGAUACGGAUGCUCUAUGUCAAGAGGAUUUGAUUGCCAUUAAGAUGUGGAAAUGGAAUGCCAGUAUUACUGAGGACAUGGAGCAGCAUCUGACCCGUCAGGGCUAUGACGAUCUGCGCGGCACAGCGAAGUUAUAUCAACGCUAUUAUCCCACAGUGCUGCCCAGUAGGUACAACGAUACCUACUAUCUGUUCCGUCACACGGACACACAGCGCACCAUGGAGAGUUUUAAGGGCUUUUCCGAGGGUCUUUUUGGGGAGAGUAAGCUGGCCGCCGCAGCUGAUAUACCCGAUGAGGAUUUGCUGCUGCGUCCCUACGACUACUGCAAGGACUUCAAGGACAAGAACUACAAGGGUGUGGGUUCCGAGUACCAUAAAUAUCGCUCGAGUAACUUGUGGAAUCAAACCAUGUCGGAUAUUGCUCGCCGCUUAGGCUUCAAGAUGAUGGGCGAGGAGGACAUCAAGCUGAUGUUCGAUAUGUGCCGUUAUGAGCAGGCCUGGCAAGUGGAUCGCACGAGUGUCUGGUGUGCCGCCUUCCUUCCAGAGCACGUGACCGUGAUGGAAUAUGCCGAGGAUCUCAAGUACUACUAUGGCUCGGGUUAUGGCUUUGAGGACAAUUCACGGUUUAACUGUCGUGCCGUGCAGGAUAUGUUGACCCGUCUAAGCAGUCCAGUAUCGCCCCAUGUUGUGGCCUAUUUUGCCCACUCGACGGGAUUGCAGACGCUGCUAACCGCGCUGGGAAUCAACAAGGAUGAUGUUCCACUGCGUGCAGACAACUACAAUUCGAUGACAAGUCGCCGUUGGAAAACAAGUUUGUUGGGUCCAUUUGCUGCCAACUUUGUGGCUGUGAAAUACGAAUGUCCCGCGGAUCUGGAGAAGGAGAAGGUCGUGUUCUUCCUCAAUCAGAAUGCCGUGCAGCUCGAUUGGUGCAAAGUUGGUCUCUGCAACUGGUCGGCUGUGUUAGAAAAGUACAAGACCAUAGCACAGGCAAACUGUGAUGAAUACUACUGCCGAUCUGGAGCGAUUGCCGGACAGACUUCGUUCCUGGCCACUACACUGAUGGCUGCCAUUGUUUACUUAAUGCAUUAAUGAUCUUGCAACAGUCGCUGUUGCAUUGUUUAGUUUUCUAAUAUGUAAUGUACAAAGUUGGUACCAAAAAAAAAGAAGCAAAGAAAACAUUUUGCAUAUGGCCGCGAGUAAAAGAGUAUUUUUUGCGAUUAUUGUAAAUUUUUCUACUUUUAACAAGCACACAUCCCACACAGCGAUAUGCUAAGACACAAAUCUACACAUACCUUUUUCUAAUUACACAAUUAAUUAUUAAACUCUGCUUGUGACGACUAAUUACAGAUGUAACAGUUAAAUAGCUUUAUAAACUAUGUAAUUAAACGAAUCUAAGAAAA